GUAACAUGAUAGAAAAACCAGUGUCUCCUCAACAUAAGUCCUUUAGGAUCAUGUCAACAAAAGGUAGUCAAUUGUUCUACUUCAAUCGACAGACACCAAGCGAUUUCCUUUCAACAUGUCUCAUUCUCAAUCUCCGACAGACAAUGUGUACGACGACCCUGACGGCUAUGAGCUGCAAAUUGCUAUUGACCAGCUAGCCGCUGGGUCAUCGGAGGCACUGCGGGUUUACCUAGCCCACAAAACCGGUCUCGAUCCUGCCACGGUAUCACUUAGUACAUCACCAUUCGAAAUUCGCUCCGAUCCAGCUGUCACGUUUUCAUACGCCGGAAAACUAGAUAAUACCCAGGCGCCAGGAGUUGAGCAAAUGCACGAGCCCAACGCAGAAUUGCAUAGACCAGACGUCGCAUUCGACGACACAGAGAUACCCUUCGAGUAUGAACCCUUGGACCCAAAGCUCAAACAAAUUCGUCUUUUGAGACUGGGUGCUGCUGACGAGGAAGGUGUCAUACGCGACCUGCAGGUCGAAAACUUUUGUCUGGCCGAUGCUCCCCCAUAUUUUUGUCUCUCGUAUGUUUGGGGAAAUCCCGAACGACUUCUCGCGGUGAAUUGCAACGGGAAGAUGGUUUCGGUAACGCAGAAUCUGUACCAUGCGCUGCGAACUUGCCUCAACAGACACCCCACCACAUGGUUCUGGGCAGACGGUAUUUGCAUUAACCAAGACAACAUCGUAGAACGAAGUCAACAGGUUCUACUCAUGGGCAGCAUCUAUAAAGGAGCAAAGCUGGUUCUUGCUCACCCUGGUCACUACCAAUAUGAGCGCCGUAAGGAUGAAGACGAAGACAGCACGAAGGAAACCACGUUGGAAGACCGUAUGGGAGGUCUGGGAGUUCAGGAUAUGAUGAGUUUCUGCACGGAAGACUUGGUCCAGGAUGAACAUUCGGCAGAGUCUAAGAAACUAUAUGGGCUGUCAGACUUUACCCUAGAGCCUGUUGAUGAUGCCUACGGCUCCGAAGGCGUCCAAGGUGCCAUCAGUAUCAUGACGUUCAUGACUCGUAUCUGGGAAGACCAGCGCCGAGACACCGUGAUGUCUGACAGGGAAUGGGACAAGGUUGGUCUCCCAGAGACGGAAACGGAAGAGGGCCGGGAGAUAUGGAACAAGUUGAUUCGUUUCUGGGUGACCGACUGGUACUUCCGCACUUGGGUCUUGCAGGAGGUUAUUCUGGCACCAAAGGUCGUCGUGCUUUACGGUGAAGCAGCGAUCAGCUUGGAAGCAAUCACAGAUUUCUGGGACCUCGCAAGGCGUCAUGGUCUUCCAAGGCCACUUCGAAUCGGCAUGUACGCUGAAGUUUUCAGUAUGAUUAUCCACCUGAGCCCCGUGAGCUCAUUCAAAGUGCUACGGGGGCGCAGACAAGGGUUUGGGACAUCUCAAACAGUUGGCGAUGCAGAAAAGGUGGAGGAGGAGACUGCGCAAAGGGGUCCUCCUCUAAAUCUCCUCGAGUUACUUUGUUUGACGAGAAAUAACUUGGCGACGGAUGCGAGAGACAAGGUCUAUGGCCUUCUUGGACUCACUGACGACCCUGUCGCUCAGUCCAUUAUUCCCAACUACUCGUCUAACAAUACGCCAGAAAAGGUCUUCACUGAGGUUGCCAGAAUUAUGAUUGAAGCUGGUCACGUCGUCGACCUCCUGCACCACGCGGGCAUCGAUCAAGGCAUCACAAAUCUUCCUUCCUGGGUGCCUGAUUGGACGGUUCAGUCGCGUUCGACUUUGUCGACCCAGCUUUAUCACUGUAUGCCGAAUACGUCGUCCAAAAUAUCAGUCUCGAGCUCGGGAGAAGCUCCGAGAAUGACUAUCCGAGGGAUGAUUCUGGAUCGACUCAAUUUCGUGGGGCCAUCGUGGAAAUAUUACAUCCACAACAAAACCGACGAUACGUUCAACAGUUUUGAGAGUGCACCAGAUCUCGAGAUCCCCGCAUUUAACGAUGAAGAUUCUCGGAACUUCAUUCUUACCUUUGCGACUGUGACGGUUCAAGACGACUUCAAAGAGCGGUAUACCGAUGAGGGCCUCGAUGACGCGCUUGUAAGAACCCUGGCGAUGGAUCGAUCAUGGCGAGGCGAAAGAAUCGGGCCAAGAAAAAAGGGAGAGGAGGUAGAAAACGAAGUUUCCAGUCUCCUCGCCACCAACAAGAACGGCGACGAUUCCAAGUCUCCCGCGCCAACAACGAUAUCGAAAGAAUUUUUCGCAGGUGUGGACGCCUUCCGGCGCUUCUAUGCCCAAGGGCCGAACGAAGAGAAUGAGGAGGACGCACCAGGCAUUCGCGUUCAUCAGACGGCAAUAUUCAAAUGGCUGCUUGACUUUGAUGUCGAUGUCGAGGCAGAUCUCCAGAAACGCAUGGUUCCUUUCACCAUCCCUUUCCAAGAGGCUCAACGUGGUCGCAGAUUUGCCACGAUCGGCACAAGAGGUCACAAGAAGGAAGAAGACAUUGCACAAGAUGCGACUAUCUUGGGAGAGAAACGCGACAGGCCGUUAUACAACACAAAGUCUUUAGAUCACCAUUACAUCGGCACUGUUCCGUGGAAUGCCCAGGUUGAGGAUUAUGUGGUUCUCCUUGAGGGAUUCAGAACACCGUUCGUCUUGCGAAAACUCCCCAAUAGUACUGGAUCGUGUGUCAGAGACGAAUUCCAGAUCAUUGGCGAUUGCUAUGUGCACGGCAUCAUGGAUGGCGAGCUUUUGAAGCCGAUUGACGGUCUCGCGGACAACCUAGAGGUCGAGCAAGUCGGAGUUAACGCUGAGGGAAAAGAGUAUGCUGUGGAGAAUUUUGAAGGCUACCUACACUUCCAAGACUUUGUCAUAGUGUAGAAUCAACUGAGCAUCCUUUGAAGCCUAAGCUACUCGAACACGCCAUGUGACAAUGUUGUUCCCCCCAUGUCAUGUUCAAAGUUUGGCAUCAAAGCUCGCACCCGCGAGGUUAAUUGACAGCAGCGUUUUCACCAAUGAAAAUCCAAAAUUAGUUUUUAUACAUUCUGACAGGGAAUAGUUAAGAAAUUUGAAAUCAUGGCUGGGGGCUGAAAUUUGACGUUUUCUU